CGUUCUUUAAGAUGCCGUUUUACGCUGUAAUUUUCAGGACUUCGAAAGCCGGUGCAAUAGCCAAAAACUGGGAGGAGGCUCGUGGGUUGAGAGAUGCUACUCCUAAUUCUUAUGCCAAGAAAUUUGAUACAAAAAUAGAAGCUGAAAAAUACAUCAAAGAUUUCAAAUAUGUGUGUAUAGAAAAUACACAAAGCACUAAUCAUAGAUCAUCACUAGAUCAUUUCAAAGGUGCGAAAAGAAAAAGAUCCGAUAAUCCAUUAUAUCCAAUCAGCUCAGUGAAAGACCAUAUAAAAAAAAUAAAAAUAGCAUUCAGUGAUUUGCGAGUUGCUGUAUCAUCAUUUUCAGGAUUAUCGGCGACCUGUGAAGACCAAUUGAAGAUUUUAAAUGAUGAAGUUAUUGGUAAACUUCAUGAAAUAUUGAAUGUGAAUGAAACUGAAUCCAUAGACAAUUUGUCGUUAGUUGCUACAACAAAUACACCGUUAAAUAAAAACCUGAUAUGUUCUUCAAAUAUUGAUGCUAUUGAUGGUACCGACUUACUCCCGUCUGAACUAGAAUCAGCAAAAAAAUCUUUUACAUUCAAUGAAGAAAAUCAAGUUGUUGUUUAUACGGAUGGUGCUUGUUCAAACAAUGGCUAUAAAGGAGCAUGUGCAGGGGCAGGAGUAUGGUUUGGAAAUGACCAUCCUCUGAAUUUAUCAAUAAGAGUACCUGGAACACAAACUAAUAACAAUGCAGAGAUAUUUUCUACUAUUAAAGCAAUUGAACGUGUUUAUUCUACUGGUCUCACUAGAAUAAGUAUACACACAGAUUCCGAUUUCGUCAUUAAAAGUGUAAAUGAAUGGAUGCCACGUUGGCUGUCUAAAGGAUGGAAAACCAGUGCAGGUGCUGAAGUAAAAAACAAAGAAAUGUUUAUGAUAUUAAAUAAAAGAAUCCAGUCCAUGGAUUCUGUUAGCUGGACAUACGUUCCUGGUCAUAAAGGGAUUAUCGGUAACGAAGAAGCCGAUAAGUUAGCCAGGAUAGGGGCUAAGAUGUAGGGGUAAAAGUUUUAAAUUAAUCUCACUUUUGUUAUUAACCAGUUAAUUUUGUAUGUUUCUUAUUUCAAAUUAACGAUGAACAAAUGUGAAUAUUUAUAGUCUCAUAUCAAUUUUGUAUCCAUUUAUUCAAAAGCGAUAAUGUGAGACAUGCAAGAUUCAGUUUAUGUAUGUAUAUUUAAAAAAUAAAAACUAACAUUUUAUACUUAAAA